AUGUUGUCGCUGCACACCCCUCCACGAACGACAACCUACGAAAACUCGCCAUUGCUUACGCCAUCUCCGCUUAGACCACGCCAGAACUCUCCAUUUAGACCACGUCCAAUAACGCCAGAAGAUUCAGAUGCGGCCGUCUUUCUUGCUCCACAACAACCGUUGCUCACGCCAGCCAAGCCGGUGCUGAGUCGGACACCACUCUCGCUCAAUACGAAUACACAGGGCGUAAAGCGGAAAUCAUCCCAACAAACAUCAACCACUACACCUCUUCGAAUUGUGUCUCCCAACAACAUCGCGUUCCAUCGUCUUGCUCCCCCACAAUUUACUACCCGUACUCCCCACUCGGUGGCAGAGACUGACGCUCAUAUUCGGAGUCAUACUGCCACCCUCACCCGUCUUCGAAUCUCAGAGCUCCAAGACGAGUUCGAUGACGAGCUCCCUGUUAUCUCCCGCCAAGAAGAGGUAGUCGAGGCGAGCUCGCCAGGUGGACACAUAACUAAACGACGCGCUCGGUCGCGUCCAGUUUCCCAAGAAUUGCUGGAAGGAACCCCAUCACCCGUCGAGUUUCCAGUCGCUCGCAAAAGAACCGGAUCACAGUCGAGUGUUUCAUCCUCCGAGGCAGGCUCGCCAUUGCCUCGUCGUCGAUUGGUGCCAACACGAGCCCCUCUUGAGCGGAUUGAAAGUGCUGCCACUCUCUUUUUCGGCCCCGCAAUCAACCCUCCACCUUCCACUCGUUCUCGUAUCACAUCUCCAGCCCUCCAGCCUACUACUUCCCGCUCCUCUGCUCGACACAGCUACGCCGGUCCAAGCAGCAAUAUUCCCCAGUCAUGGAACGAGAUGCAAAGUCGGACAGCGACUCCUUCUCCGGGCUCUUCUCCACCACGUGUUUCUAUCAUGGAUGAAGACCACGACCAAGAUAUGUUUUUUGCUGCUUCUCUCCCGGAGCCAUCCAUCAGCGGUCCUUCUCCACGACCGCGGCCACCACCAGCCACCAUUCCCAAAAAGUACAACAUGCGGGACUCGGGGGUUGCAUUGAGUGAAGACGAUGACAUGGACCAUCCCAUGCCCCAAGCUUCGACCAGCGUCAGCUCAAUAUAUUCUGACGAUGGUCUCGUUACCCCCGGUCUUGAACCAGAAGCAGGUUCUGGUUGGCCCACAGUUUUCACUGGGGACACCAACUCCGAAAUGGAUGUCGAUGAUUUUAUUCAACGAACGUUGGCGGCAGGUGCCAAAACUACAGCGGCGACACAACCCAAAGAAGGCUCCCGGCACUCCGGUUAA